AUGUCAGAUUAUCUCCCAGAAGACAUCUUGUUAAAUAUCCUAGCAAGAUUGCCUGUGAAGACAUUAUUGCAAUUCAGGUGUGUCUCCAAAACAUGGUAUUCAUUAAUCACAUCUCCUUCUUUCAUAACCCACCAUCUCAACGAAAAAGCUACCUCCAAAAACAAUGACUUUCUUCUGUUUAAGAAUAGAAAUAGUUACUUUUUGUACCCAGAUAAGGAUUUUCCAACAUGCAAUGGAGAGGAAAUUGAUUUCCCACUUCAUGAGGGAGUGGAUUUUCCAUCUCAUGACAACAUGUACAAUACAGCUUCAUGUAAUGGUGUAUCUUGUCUAGUUCGUUUUUAUUUAGAUUCUAGGUUUAAAUUUUGGGCUGCUCUUUGGAAUCCUAGUAUCAGAAAGACUGUCCCUAUUCCUCCACCAAAUGCUGGUUUCCAGUCUCUUAGAUUGUUUGAGAUAGCUGGAUUUGGUUUUGAUUCCAUCAACCAUGACUAUAAAUUGGUGAGAAUAGUCUAUUUGGAGACUAGUGUUUAUUGCCAUACGAAGAAGACAAAAUUGCCUCCACUGGCUGAGGUUUACUCGUUGAAGAGUGGAUGUUGGAGAAUGGUGGAAAAUGAUUUGAAACAUGUGAUUAUGGAGUAUUCAAGGUCUGCUUUCGUGAAUGGAGCUUGUCAUUGGACUACUGUAAGCUCCCAACGCAGAAGCAGGAGUGCUGCACUGAAUGUGAUUGUGUUUUUCGAUUUAGCAGAUGAGAAGAUGGGGGGAAUGAUAGUUCCAGAUUGUAUGGUUUUUAGGGAUGAUAUGGAGUUGACUGUUACUGUUUUUGAUGGAUUGCUUUCAUUGGUUGCCUCAUGGAGGCAAUUUAUAUUGAAAGAAAAAAAACGCAUCAUCGCCACAUGA